AUCGAAUGACUUCGACUUGACAUUAAUGGUCUGUCUUCUCCGAAACCUGACGAACAUAAUUAUUCAUGACCAGCUACCACAACCAUUUGACACUAGUGAAGGAGCGGCUGUGUCUAGAAUUAAGUUCUUUAGGAAUCAAAUUGCUCAUUCCGACUCAGGUACUAUGUUGGACACAGAUUUCAUUACAAUAUUUGCUGAUGUUUCUAAGGCUAUAGAAAUUCUCUGUCCGAUCAUGAAAUUUGAAUGCAACAAAUUGCAAAACGCUGACCUAGAUUAUUCAUUCCAUGAAAUAUAUGUAGAAUUUGUCAAAAAAGAAAAGCAAAUAGAAGAACUUACUGCUCAAGUUGAAACGCUGAACUUGGAAAGACAGAAUAUACAAUGUAUUCAAACUGAAGAAAUCGCUGAAUGGAAAAAGAAAUUAGAGAAGUUCUAUGUGACUGAAGCUGCGACCAGAAUAAUUAAAGUGGUCAAAGACAAUCAAUGCACUAUUAUUACUGGUAUACCUGGAUCAGGCAAAUCUACACUUGCUUAUCAUAUAGCCAUACACAUGCAAGAAACCGAAGGCUACACAGUUCUACCUAUUUGGUUACCAUCAGAAUUAUUGAAAUUGACGAAUUCUAAUGCUAAACAACUUUUUGUUUUGGAUGAUGUAUUCGGUAAAUAUUCUUUGAAUGCAUGCAACCUUAACUGCUGGGAAUCUGAAACAAGACGUAUUAAGAUGUUAUUGAAAAAUAAAAUCCUUAAAGUAAUAGUAACAUGCAGAUCCUAUCUAUAUGACAAUGUUAGAGACAGCUUAUCUUCUCAAUCAUUUGAGCAUUUCAACUUGCAAUCAGAUGAAAUAAAGUUAUCUUUAGUGGAAAGAAUAGAAAUCAGCAAGUUAUAUCUUAGUAAGGAUGUUUUGAGUCAACUGAAUGAUGAAAUCAUAAUGAUGUACAAUUUUUUCCCCUUACUAUGUGUUAUGUUUAAUGAACAGAAUAUGGGGAAUGUUGAUUUCUUUCAAAAUCCUAAUCAGUUUCUAAAGAAUGAAAUUGGAAACUUUAAAAGUGAAAAAGACGUAUCGUUCAUAGUCCUGGCACUUUUGGUUUUAUCAAAUAACUCAAUCGAGAAAGACGGUCUUCAGAUUGGCCAAACAAAAUACGAUAACAUGUUACAAGAUUUAUUUGAUGAACUUGAUACCAGGAAAUAUCCAUCUAAAACGUCAAUUUUGUCAAAUAUUCAAAAUCUAAAAAAUAUGUAUCUAUCAGAAAAAAAUUCUACAUUUUGUACCAAACACGAUAAAAUAUUUGACAUUAUUUCUCAUACUGUAGCAAAUUUUAUCAUCCGAUGUAUUUUAAGACACGGAGACACGGCGUUCAUUAGUAGUAGGUGCCAAUUGAAAUCACUCGAUGAACAACAUGAUGAUUUUACCAUUAUGAUAACAGAUGAAUUAGAAGCAAUGUACUUCCAACGUAUAUUUGGAGACAUCGAAAAUGGCCAUAACUGGGAGGUUUUUGCUAGCAUUCAAAUGAAAUUUGAAAACUAUAGAAAUUUGUUAAUACGAUACUUAGAGAAGAUGAGUCCAAAAUUUUCUUCGUCAAUAAAUGAUUUUGCAACUCCAUUACAUGUCACUGCGGCUAAAGGUUAUUAUGAUAUUUCAAAAUAUUUACUCGAAAAAAACAGAGAACAUAUAAAUUUCCUUAAUCGUUACAAUAGGUCUCCUUUACACAAGGCCUAUUUAAAUGGACACCAUGAAAUUGCAGACUUACUUAUUAACAGUGGUGCUGAAAUUGAUCAAAUUGACAUUUUUGGAUAUACCCCUCUGCUUGCAUGUUGUUACAAGGGAUAUCUGAAAACCGCUGAAGUUCUGUUAAAAAAACAUGCAAAUGUAAACAUAUGUGGCAAAGAUGGUUGGUAUCCACUACAUAUGGCAGCGUAUGAUGGAGAUACCGAUCUUAUCAAAAUUUUAAUUCAACAUAAGGCAGAUGUUAACAAGCGAAUGCAUAACGGAAUGACAUCAUUGUACUUAGCUUGUCAUGUUGGUCAUAUAUUGGCAGUGAAAAUCUUACUCGAGAGUAAAGCAGAUGUUAACAAAUGUGAAAAUGAAGGAUGGUCUCCUUUAAAUAAAGCUUGUCUGGAAGGGUUUAACGAUAUAGCUGAAGUAUUAAUUUAUUAUGGCGCAGAUGUGAAUAAAGAUAACAAUGCUGGAAAAAUACCACUGUAUAACGCUUGUAGACGAAAUCAUAUAAAUAUAGUAAAACUAUUACUCAAGCAUGGUUCAGCGAUUUAUAGAGGUAAUGAGAAUGAAAUAAUGUCAAUAUAUUUGGCUUGUCAGGAGGGUGAUGUAGACAUAGUCAAAGUAUUAUGCGACCUCGAAGCUUCACCAAAUCAUUGCAUUAAAGGUAUAUUUACUCCUCUAAUUUUUUCUUGUGAUCGGGAUUAUCAAAACAAAGUAAAUAAGGUUGACGAGACUGGAUAUCUACAAUUACUUUUAGCUUGUACCGAUAGGGAUAAUGAAAGAGCUACGUUAUUACUCGAAAAUGGUGCAGAAGUUAAUCGUACAAAUGAACAUGGUCGAACUUCACUACACACUGCCGCUGAAAACGGAAAUACAGAUCUAAUUAAACUUUUGAUGGAACAUGAUGCAGACGUAAACUUUCAAAUGAAUAAUGGAAUGACACCGAUUUAUUUAGCUUGCGAGAAUAAUCAUAUAGAAGCUGUCAAACUGCUGUUACGUAAUAAAGCAGACAUAAACAAAUGUGAGAAAACUGGAUGGAGUCCAUUACAUGUUGCUUCUUAUGACAACCAUAAAGAAGUAGUGGCAUAUUUAUGUGAUCACAGUGCUGCAGAAGUAAACCUGUCAAAUGAAGAAGGCGAAUCGCCAUUAUAUCUUGCUUGUCAAGAAGGUAAUGAAGACAUAGUAACAUUAUUAUUAAAACAUGAUGCUUCCAUUAAUCAUUUCAAUGAAAAUGGAUUAACCCCAUUACAUUUAGCUUGUUCUAAUGGUAUUAAAAAUAUUGUAGAAUUAGUAAUUAAAGCGGGCGUAAUAGUUAAUAAAGUUAACGAAACUGGCAACUCGCCAUUACUUUUAGCUUGUAACGAUAGGCAUAAUGAAAUAGCUUUAGUAUUACUUGAAAAUGGUGCCGAAGUAAACGAAAGUGAUGAAAAUGGUCGGACUUCACUUCACACUGCCGCUGAAGAUGGCAAUAACGAUCUCAUAAAAAUUCUGAUGGACCAUGAUGCAAACAUAAAUUUUCCAAUGAAUAAUGGAAUGACACCAAUUUAUAUAGCUUGUAGGGAAAAUCAUUUAGAAGCAGUAAACAUGUUGUUUACUUAUCAAGCUGACAUAACCAAAUGUGAUGAAACUGGAUGGCGUUCAUUACACGUGGCUACUUAUGGCAAUCACAAGGAAAUAGUGGCAUAUCUAUGUGAUCACGGUAAUGCAGAGGUAAACCGUUCCAAUAAAAUAGGCGAAUCGCCAUUACAUAUUGCUUGUAAAAAUAUGAAUGAGGAUAUAGUUAAACUACUAAUAAAAAAUGGAGCUUCUUUUGAUUAUUGUAAUGCAAAGGGAUACACCCCGUUUCAUUUAGCUUGUUCAUAUGGUAAUAAAAAUAUAGCAGAAAUAUUAAUCAAAGAGGGUGCAGCGGUUAAUGGGGUUAACGAGACUAGAAAGUCGCCAUUACUUUUAGCUUGUUACCAUAGGCAUAAUGCAAUAGCUAAGUUAUUACUCGAAAAAGGUGCAGACGUGAAUAGUCCUGAUGAACAUGGUCGGACUGCACUUUACUUUGCCGCUAGAUAUGGAAACACAGAACUUAUUUUAAUGUUGAUGAAAUAUGAGACAGAUGUAAACGUCCAACUGAAUAAUGGAAUGACAUCUAUUUAUAUAGCUUCUGAGCAUGACCAUUUAGAAGCAGUAAAAAUGCUGUUAAGCAAUAAAGCUGACAUAAACAAAUGUGAGGAAAAUGGAUGGAGUCCAUUACAUGUUGCUACUCAUGCCAACAAUAAGGAAGUAACUAAGUUAUUACUCGAAAAUGACGCAGAAGUAAACAGUGCUGAUGAAGAUGGUAGAACUUCACUAUACAGUUCCGCUGAAAACGGAAAUAUAGAUCUAAUUAAAAUUUUGAUUGAACACGGUGCAGACGUUAACUUUCAAAUGAAUAAUGGUAGGACACCGAUUUAUAUAGCUUGUAGGGAAAACCAUUUCGAAGUAGUAUACAUGUUGUUAAGUUAUAAAGCUGACAUAUACAAAUGUGAUGAAAUUGGAUGGAGUCCAUUACAUGUUGCUUCUUAUUUCAACCAUAUGGAAGUAGUCGCAUAUCUAUGUGAUCACAGUGAUGCAUUGGUGAACCUUUCCAAUAUAUAUGGUUCAACGCCACUGUGUCUUGCUUGUCAAGAAGGUAACGAAGAUGUUAUACAAUUAUUAUUAAGACACGAUGCUUCCAUUAAUCAUUGUGAUAAAGAAGGCUUCACUUCGUUCCACAAAGCGUGUUCUGAAGGAAAAAGCAAUUUAGUAGAACUGUUAAUUAAAGAGGAUGCAGCAGUUAAUCUCCCUGAUAUGAGUGAUAGAACGCCAUUAUAUAUAGCCUGUCAAAGCAGAUAUAAAGAUGUAGUAGAAAUAUUACUGAAACAUGGAGUAGAGGUAUGCAAGGCAGGGCAAUUUGAAUCUGAAGUAGGCUGGACACCUCUGCAUGUUUCGGCGGCAUCUGGUGAUAGGGGUAUCACUGAAUUGUUAUUGAAAAAUAAUGCAACCGUUAAUGUCAAAGAUCGGAAUGAACAUACUCCUUUAUACUAUGCUAUUCAAAACAAUUUCGAUGACAUUAUUGAACUUCUUGUUACACAUGGAGCUGUUUAAAACAACAAUGAUGAUCAGAUUUCCUCUUUGAGCAUAAAACACAAAAGACGAAAAUAAGCUAGGGCAAAUUACAAACUUCAAAAACAUUUAGUUUAUUUAUACAUUUAACUUGUUUAAUAUAUGUUAAUUUGUCACAUGUUGAAAAUUACGGAUAUUAUAAAAUAACCUGAAUUUUUAAACUAAUCAACAAUUUAAGAUUGUUAAAUCAUUUUUUACUUUCAUAAUAUAUCCACAAUGUAUUGUAUAAUUGCAGCUGUUUCAAUGUUUUUAGUUUUGUACUGUAAACUUAUAAACUUGAAUUUGACGAUGGAUAUGCUCAAAUUGUCGUACCAAUUUCGUUUUUUUUAUUCAAAUGUGACCUACCGAAUUAGACUUAUCACCGGGUUUGGUUUUCAUAAGCAACACGACGGGUUCCAUAUUAAAUUGAUAAGACUAACGGCCUAAUUUAAAACAAAGAAAUUUACGAAAAUAAUUCUGACAGACAUUAACCAACGACAACCACUGAAGUUGUUCACUACAGGCUCCUGACUUGGGAUUGAUUGAGUAAUUGUUGGUAUUUUAACGUCGAAUGGCAAAUAUUUCAUGCACCAGAACAAACAAAUUAAUAAUAAGUAGGUAGGUCAUGUCAUCUAAUGGGCGCUAUACAGGAUGAAUGUCGAGGAAAUUUGGAUUGCCACUGAAAAAUAAGGGUAUAUUGGACAGGAACAGGCCACCUACAAACCCCUCAUAAUUGCUGCAAGAGUUUUUAACCAGAGAGCGUUGCAUUCUAUCUACGCAAGUCGUCAGAUUUCAUGUCCCCAUUCUGACCGGACGUGGCUUCGUACUUGUACAUCCCGGACAGCCAAAUGCAUACUCCAAUCUGGCAAGGGUCUUACUGCUGGUCGGUAGAAGAUCAAGAGUGACCAUAUUUUUAUUCCCAAGUCACCGUGGUGGCCAAUUGUUUUGAAAAUUAAUUUAUGCGGUAACGACAUUUUUUUUUCUCUUUUCAGUCUAAUAAAAUGAGGAAAGGAUCUUCGUUUCUUCCCAAAACCUUUAACGACUAUCAAAGAUGGAAAAUUGUACAGUAAGUCCGAAUUUGGCAAAAGUACGAUUACUAUCAAAUGAAUAAAAUGUUUUAACAAUCUUCAGUUUUCAUUUUAAUCAGAAACUAUGAUUACUUUAUAUAUGUUAUUAUUGUAUGCCUUGAAUCACAUUUCAUUGACACUUAGUAUCCUCCGGGUUCAUUCUUCAAAAUAAUGAUCGUUCUGAAAGGACAUAACUACACAUAGAUAUAUAAUGAAAAACUAUUACAAAAAAAAGUGUACGAAUGUUUUCAUUAAAAAAAAAUGCAAAGUAGGUUAUAAGCUGCUUUGAGUCUUCUUUAAACUAUACGGUAUUCGUUUUUCAUAUAGUAGUGUUGUCAAAAUAACGUGUUACCCUAAUCGGUUAUCUUGAUAAUCUUUCAACAUAUUAUCCGGCUAACCGGUAGUAAAGUUGAUGUUCAAAGUUAUUGUUUACAAUACCUUGCUUAUUCGUGCUUAUAUAAUACGAUGUUUUGAAGUUUAUCGUGACAUUAUUCACCUUUCUCAUAUUUGGCUUUGAGAAUCAUGAUGAAGAUAAGCUAUUCCUUAGGUUUAUGGUCAUAUACCUCCUAACGCUGCUGCAUAUUUAUGCAUCCCUGGCUUUCAUUGUUUAGGUUUGAGCAUUUCUGACAGGUAAAUCGAGAAAAGCACUUCGAACGCACGAAAUUAAGUGUUAUUUUCAUAUAUAACUUAUAGUGUUCGUCGGGCCAUACAUAGACCAUAUAACAAAUCAAUUAAGAAUUAAUUCCUCUCUGGUAUGCGCUAUGCUCAUUUUAACAAGGGUAGGCAUUAUAUUUGUCAAUAUUUUACAUCGAGCGUUAGCGCAAUGUUAAUAAAGGAAAUAUUUCGACUCUAAUAGGACGAAAAUGGUAUUGUUAUAGGUCAAAGCAUACGAAAAUACCUUAGAAAUAUUCCCAGUUCCUCUCCAUGAAGUAUAUACAUUACGUUAUCACAUUUAAUAAGUUUAAAAACUAGCAGGGAAAAUAUAUGUUAUUUCAAUAACAAUAUAAAAUAAGAUUUUAUGUAAUCAGUUUAUAUUUUAUAAGAGUAAAAAUGAAAAAAAACAAGCGAAAAUGUAAACAGUAAGUUUGUGCGCAUGUGUAAAACAUAUGUUGUGCUAAUUAGAACACGGCUUUAAAAUAUUAGAAUUAUUAGUAUUUUAAUGGUAGAAUACUGCAAAAUCAUAACAUGUUAUUGUUACUAUAAAAAUUAAAUAAAUGCUGAUUCAGUAGUUUAGUAUACUCUGGAAAUCAGAUUUCAUACUUUUA